UGUUUAGUUCACCUGGUGUGAUUGGGUGUGGAAAGUGGGGGAGGGGGGUUUCCAAACGGAGUGAAAUUCCCAUUCCAUGGGUAUUACCAUGCCCGUGGGGUUGGCAGUUCUUAAAGUUUAGCAAGACUGCAAAUAACUACAGAACACAAUAGAGUCCCCCUCCCUUCCUCUCUCUCUCUCUCUCUCUUUUUUUCUUUUCCUGCUUCCAAACGCCUUCUUCGAGGCUUAAACUGGGCAGGUCUCCAAAGGUGCAGCAGCCACAACAAUCCAGCAGUUCAAAGUUAGGCAGCAGUUGCACAACUUUUAGCAACUCUCUUAGCAGGCUGCUAAUGAGCUGAAAGUCAGGAACGUUUGAGGAGGUGAAGAGGAAACCUUCAAUCCUCCUCCUUUCGUCUAGAAAUCCAGAUACUCCCUCCACCCCCAUCCCCAGAUAACUCUGAGAUACGGCCCCUUCUCUUCGCCUGCCUGGCGGGCCAUGGCUCCCUUUGGAAGAAACUUGCUGAAGACUCGGCAUAAAAACAGAUCUCCCACUAGAGAUAUGGAUUCAGAGGAGAAGGAAAUUGUGGUUUGGGUUUGCCAAGAAGAGAAGAUUGUCUGUGGGUUAACUAAACGCACCACCUCUGCUGAUGUCAUCCAGGCUUUGCUUGAGGAACACGAGGCUACAUUUGGAGAGAAAAGAUUUCUGCUGGGCAAGCCCAGUGAUUACUGCAUCAUAGAAAAGUGGAGAGGCUCAGAACGGGUUCUUCCUCCACUAACUAGAAUCCUGAAGCUUUGGAAAGCUUGGGGAGAGGAGCAGCCCAAUAUGCAGUUUGUUUUGGUUAAAGCAGAUGCUUUUCUUCCAGUUCCAUUGUGGAGGACAGCUGAAGCCAAAUUAGUGCAAAACACGGAAAAAGUGUGGGAACUCAGUCCAGCAAAUUACAUGAAGACAUUGCCACCAGAUAAACAAAAAAGAAUAGUCAGAAAAACUUUCCGGAAACUGGCUAAAAUUAAGCAGGACACAGUUUCCCAUGAUCGAGAUAGUAUGGAGACCUUAGUGCAUCUGAUUAUUUCCCAGGACCACACUAUUCAUCAGCAAGUCAGGAGAAUGAAAGAGCUGGAUCUGGAAAUUGAAAAGUGUGAAGCUAAGUUCCACCUUGAUAGGGUAGAAAAUGAUGGAGAAAAUUAUGUCCAGGAUGCAUAUUUAAUGCCUAGUUUCAGUGAAGUUGAGCAAAAGCUGGACUUGACUUCUGAUGAAAACCAGAUUCUGGACGACCUGACUGAAAGUGAUGGAAUUGUACACCUGGAGGAAAGAUUAGCAUAUUACAGAAUGCUCAUCGAUAAGCUCUCUGCUGAAAUAGACAAAGAGGUAAAAAGUGUUUGCACAGAGGUAAAUGAAGACGCAGAAGGGGCUGCUGCUGCAAGUGAGCUUGAAAGCUCUAAUUUAGAAAAUGUUAAGAGUGAUUUGGAGAAAAGCAUGAAAGCUGGUUUGAAAAUCCACUCUCAUUUGAGUGGCGUCCAGAAAGAGAUUAAAUACACUGACUCAUUGCUUCAGAUGAAAGCAAAAGAGUAUGAAUUCCUGGCCAAGGAGUUCAAUUCGCUCCAUAUUAGCAACAAAGAUGGAUGCCAACUAAAGGAAAACAGAGGGAAGGAAUCUGAGGUCCCCAGCAGCAGUGGGGAGGUUCCUUCCUUGACUCAAAGAGUAUUUAACUUGUAUACAAAUGACACAGACUCUGACACUGGUAUCAGCUCUAACCAUAGUCAGGACUCGGAAACAACUGGAGGAGACGUGGUGCUAUUGUCAACAUAAUUUGAAUGGCCGGUUUCUGACCUGCUUUUAUGUUCAUGUUUGUUUAAUAGGAAACUAUUUUAAAUAUCACAUUCUGAAAAAGAUCUAAAUCAUGUUAAGUAUUCAGUAGUUAAUAAAAACUAGUUAUUUUUUAUUUAAGAGUUCCAGAGUCACCUAAUUACUACAAGUUCAGACAAUGAACUGUUUAUUAGGAACGCAACACAAAUAGCUUGCAGGUGUAUAAUAGAAAUGAUUUGAUGGGAAUUAUGAUCUCUUAUAGCUUCUGUGAGAAAUGAUUUACACAAGCAAAACUAAUUCUUAAUAUUGCAGUCAGUAUAUUGAAACUACACACAUGAACAAGUAAAAUUAAAAAUGUGCUGUAAUGUAUUUUUUUUCACAGCUGUUAUCAUUGGAAUCUUAAAGUCUGUAAUGUACAUGACAGCUACGCUAUUGUAACUGUAUUAAUUCAAGUCUUGGUUCUUCUCAUUGAUAGUUAGAAUGUACAUCAUCUCUGUCACUUUCAGAACCCCUCUACUUGUUUAGACCCAGACGACAGGAAGUGAGAAGGGCGAAUUCUAGCGGUGGAUUGGACGGGGGAAUAGAUGAGAAAGGGCCAAGUGCUACACACAACAGCAAUUUUUCUAAAGAAGGCUAAAGUUAUUAAGAAUUAUGCCUGGGCUUUCUCUGACAAAGCAAAUCUUCUGAUUAAACAAAUGGUCUGUGCAGGUUUAUUCUUUCAGUGAGGUAUGAUGUGGGUUACAAAGAAAAUCUCAGGGUCACAGUACUGUUUACUUAUGCCCUGUCUACAAAAGUCCAAGAGAGGCAACUUGGGGUCCUUUGUGUGGGUAAAAUAGAGUUCUGUAUACCCUAAGUAUUUGCAUUUUAUCUCUGAACCUACAGAGAGGAACUCACAUGGGAAAAAAACUUUUAUUCUGUUACACUGGAAUUCAGAUUGUCUUUGUAGAACUUCAUCUAAGGUGCAAACUAAAAAAAAAAGUACUGGCUCUGACCCCCACUCCUUCCUCAAGGAUGCUAGUAAAUAUCCGACAAAUUGAACAGAUUAUUUAGAUCCUCCUUUGAGUGAGACUCAUUAUAGUGCCGGACGAGGUUUGGUUUUGCCUGGUGUUUAGUCAGGACGUUUUCCUCCCUCUCUCCCUUCUUUGCUUCUUGCCAGUGAACACAUGAUGUAAUCAUAUUGUAAACAAUUAGUUUUAUUGUUUUAUUGUACUGUUAAAUAAAUACCACUAUGGUCUAUUUUUUCUUUAGCUGACACUUUUCCUGUAUGUCAGCACACAUCUAAGUAAGAUUAUUGUUUUACUUAGUUUUAAUAUGUGGAUAUUGGUGAAGAUUUCAGUAUUUCUUAUUCCCUUUUAUUCCCAUGCUUACUCUAGUGCAUGUUUUAACUGAGUUUCUUAAUCUACUUUUUCAUUUCUCCAUCCCCCAGACUUUUCACCAGUCUUUGGGAAGAUAUUUAGAAUGUUUUAGUAUUUCACUUUGGAGGGCAUCUGUGUUAUCAUUUCUUGCACCAAGAUAAUGCUAAAGGCUUUAGUUGAAAUUGGCUGGUAAAGAAAGUAGAAAUUUACAUUCCAGGGAAAAUUUAGUGAUAAAGAGUAAGUAAUAAUGUUAACAUGGAUUUAAUAAAAAAUAAAAAUAAAAAGGGAACGGAAUAGUCAUCUGAGAAAAGGAAGUUUAUUUGCUAAAUAUCCCAUUAGAUCAUUCAGCAAUAAGGCAUAUUAUUGAUAUGUUCAUUGUUCACUACAGGGGAUUAAAUUCAGAAGAUCAUCAUCAGUGAUAAACCAAUUGCAAUUUUGUUUUCCGAAAGUGAAAGCAAUCUCUUUGUAUUACUCCUUAGUGAGAAAAUAAUGAAAAGAACAUUACUUAUCUGCUAUAUAAUUUGAUUAAUUAUCUGAAUUCAGGAGAGGUUCUAGUAAGAAAUAGGACUGGACAGAUAAUUUCAUUUUAGGAUCUUUGAAUUAACUUCUGCUUUUAUAUAGUUAAGUACAGUGAUACAUUCUAAGGACCACUCCUAUAUUUUUACAAUAAAUUAUGUUAAAAACUCUUCUCUUCGCAGAAAGCAGAACCAUUGAUUUUUAAAUACACUUUAGAAUUUCUAGUUGUUCUUUAGUUAUACAAAUGUAUUCGUGCUUUUGAAUCAUUACAAUAUUAAAUCAUCAGUUACCAUGCUGAAUCUCUAGAGUAUUCUAUUAAUAUAGAUAUAAAACUUAAGUACAAUUGCCCUCAUCUCUGGAUACUGAGCUAUUUUUUAUUAAAGUGAGAAAUUGAAUGACAAAUAUAGAACUUGAUAGAAGCUUUGAUGUUUUAAUUAUGUAUAGAAUCUUUAAAGUGUUUAUAAAUUUUUGAGUAACCUGACAGGUUAACUAUGAAAUUGUUAUAUGCAGCUAGAAGUAGCAAACCAAAGCUGACUAGUCUUCCUUCUUGGAACAAAUUAGAUUUUCAUGGACUGUACCUUGUUCAUCCUCCCUCUUGGAACGCCUCUUUUUACCUCCCUCCAUCUGUGAUACACGGAAACCUACCCAUUGUGUCUUUUUAACAUGUUAUGUUUUCUAUGAAACAUUUAUUCUAUUCAAUCAGUUGUAAUAUCUUAUCUCUGAGCCCACAACCAUUUUAGGUGUACUUUUCAUAGAGGAGCACUUAUAUUACGGUUUAGCUUAUAUUUAUUUAUGUACUUACCUAACUUCCCUCCCCCAAUGUAUUCUUUUUAUUGUUUUAUUACUUUGCCUUCUAUCUUGUUAACUAUAAUCCCUCCAAUCAAUCUCUUUACCUCUUUGCCCCUACCCAGUUUUAUAAUUGAAAUGCUGAAUUUUAGAAGGCCACAACCAUUUAAAAAAUUAUUUCUAUGAGUGGUAAACGAUGCUCGUGCAUUUUAUAUAUAAAUACGCAUUUCAGCAGACUUAAAACCGCAACGGUAGUUCUACUUAUAAAUUCUUUAGGGGAGGCACUAAAUCUUUCUGCUUUGAAAAAAAUUUUAAACUGGCAAAUUUUUAAUUUUAUUUUUAAAUCACAGUUACCAAUUUAAGGCAAGGCAAAUAUUGUCUUUUUAAAAGCCUCUCAAUGGUUAAAUUACGGUAUUUUCCUUUGCAUUGUAUGCAUGUAGGAAAAAAUACGUAUUCUGUAGAGUUGAAUUUUAAGUAGUAGACACAAAAUAACUUUGAAAUAAUAUCCUAAAUGAAAUAUCUAUUUUAUUUUCUCUUUCUAACUCAAAAAAAUAAAUGGCCUCUCCGUGUAUAGAAGCUAUUCUAAUCCAUUAAAAUUUUAUUUUUAUAUUAUUUAAACACCUACUGUACAUGACAAAAUAUAUUUCUGUGGCUGCAUUUUAUAGUUUUUCAGAGUAGGAUUAUUGUUUUAUUUAGAAUGUAUUUUUCUAGUUGACAAAAGGAAUACCUUUUAAUCCAGAUAUAGAGGGUUUUUUUUUUUUUAAUAUAAGGCUGUUUGUUUUCAUACUACCUGAUCGGUUUAAUAAACCUGAUGUGACAAAUGUAAAGUCUCUGUAAUUUCUUCAGGUGUAACUAAUCCAGACUAAUAAAAGAAAUAGCUGUACCCUUUCAUGUGACAUUGCUUGUCUUUCUGAGUAUGUCACUUGGCUAUAUUAAAAAUAAAUUUUAUAUUAGUCAGAUUAUAUAAUUGCUGAGCUAACUUACACAAGUUAAGAUCAGGAAUUAUUUCAUGAAAAUAUAUAGCAAAUAAGACUUACUAAAACUUCUUAUUAGGUUUCAUACAUAUCUGUUUCAAUUUGUCAUGAAAGAAUGUCCUCACUUCUGUGCUAGAUUGCUGGCUUAAUGAGCUGGUGUCUUGUUUUUCUAGAAUGAAAUCCAUUUUAAUGUAAUAAUAUUGAAGUGUAAAUCUUCCUUGCUAUUAUUUAAUUGGUCACUAUCUUAUUUCUCAAAAUAGACCUUUAAUUUUGACUGUCUUUAAUAACCAAAUCAUUUGAAAAUUAAGGAAACUCAUUUGGUCAUUCUAUAAAUGAGCAUGAGAUGACUCUACUAAAAGGUUGUAUAUAAUGUCCGGUGGUAACGCAUAGGAAUAACUUAACACUAUUUUCUUAGCCAUAUAUACAUUUAUACUUAUAUAUGCAUAGAGUAUCUCUAGAACAACUUAAAAAUAACACUUAAAGAUGGACAUUUCUGAAGAGGGUAUCUGGGAUUUAGGCCAGAAGGAAGACUUACUUUUCAUGCUGUAUUAUUUUUUAGUAAUUUGAAUUACAGUAGUAAUAAUAAUUUGAAUAUCUUAUGUUUAUUUUACUUGUGACAAUUUUUACAUUAAAAUGUAAAUGUAAAGUAUACAUGGUCCUAUAUUAUUCAUAUAAAGACUCCUUAUUCUGUUUGAUGGCAAUAGGGAAUCCUAUUUUAUCAAUUAUCAUAAUUUAUUUCACCAAUACUUUCUCAGUGGGCAGUUAGGUGCUUUCCAAUCAUUUACUGUUAUAAACAGUGUUAUCCCAUCAAUACAUUUCUGUGAACAUGGAUUACUAGACUAGAAAUGCUGUGUCAAAAGAUGAGAAAUGGGUUUUUAAAAUUUUAAUAACUUUGCUCAUUAUUCUUUAUGGAAAUUGAUCGCUUAUGAGCUGAGUUGAAAAUACACUCCCCCCCCCACAGUCUGUGC